GCAGGACCUUUUUUCCUUGGUUCGUUUGUCCCUCCAGGGGAGAGGACAAACUCGAAAACGUCUAUCGUAGUUACUUUACCUUUAAUACAACAAGCGUUGGCAUUGAGAAGUACUUGGUACAGGAACUACUUGAGCAACGAAGGCGCUCCGUUGAAAAUGUUGGAAAAUGAAGAGAGGACUUUCGUGCUUAUUGUAUCUUCCAAUUUUCCACCACUAUCGAAAAAAGGUUCACUAAAGUUUUACACAACGACGCGAAGCAAUCUUGAGGAAGCCGAUGAACCCUUCUCAUGACCUCUUCCGCGACAAACUUUGAUCGAGGCGGGUUUUCAACGGUAGUGCGGGAUCGGUCCGAGGAAGCCUCGUUGAAGAGGGAAAUACGUGGAGGCGCCGCGGUGUUUUUUAUUUCGUUGCACAAUUCCUCCGCGUUCUCGAACCAUAGAAGAAUGAGCUUGAUGCCCAGUACAACGACUUUGCGAGCACGCAGCGAGCAAGUGGAAGUGCAGAAAUUUUUCCGGGGCAUGUUGAAGAGACGGGGUUUGCUGUGGUGCCUCGGCUUGUUCCUUCACCUGUGCACAUCAAGAAGAACAGUAGCAGCAGAUGGCGUGUUGACUGGAAAAACCAGAGGACGACAAGAGGUGGACAAACAGCAGGGCAAACUUCUGGCUACUCGCUUGGCCCGCGUUUUUUCCGCGAAGAAGAAGCAAAUCUCCGAGGCUCUGCUGACGUCCCGAAAUGGGCGAGAUCCUGCAUCUGCAUUUCUGGAAGGAGGUGAAGCUGCAGGAAGAUCUGCAGUGACGGCUGAGCAGGGGCAACCGCAACCCUCAAGAACAUCGUCCCCGACGCCGUCAGGAGGUACUAGUAGCGCGACUACAUUCGUUUCUGCUGGCGAAACUGCUGGCGACGGUACUAUGAACGGGCAACAUCUUCACCAGCGCCAGCGAGAGCAGCAGACGCUUGUUCAUCAUGCGGCACCAGGCGCGCCGCCCAGCACCUACCCAGUAUCCUGUGCAAAAGUAUCGUAUUCGUAUAAAUGCACUUCUUGCAUUACAAAUCUUCUUCUUAAGGCAAAUCCGCAUUCCAAAUUUUGUUUCUCAUGCUGAGGAAAUUUGUAAUGCAUUUAUACGAGUGCGAUACUUUUGCACAGGAUACCCAGGAGACCACGGCGAUCCGCCUACGAGCAGAAGUGCUGUCGUGUGGCAGCGAAAAGUGCAAGAGUUGGAGGACCUCGUGCGUCGACUCGGGAAUAAGCUCGACCUCCAAGAAGAGACGACGCGGGAGCAGAGCGAGACGAUCUUGAAACUGCGAAACGGCCUGGAUGCCCAGCAAGUUUCCCAGAACGUGACGGCGGCGCGCAUUGCCAGUGCCGGCGCAGUCGCGGAGAUCAUCCAGCAAUACCACAUUGCGUACCUCUUUUCGAUCCUACGCAAGGACUUCGUACUCUCGGCCGCCCUUCUCGUCAUCGGCUACGUGGUGGUGCUGGUAGGCCUGAGCCUGCCCACGAAGUUGCUGUUUUUCCCGCCCGCGAUCUACCUCCCGCAAGAAACUGACGAGCAGGAUCAACAGGAUCGCGGUGUUGACCUAGAACGUCGAAUGGGCGGCCGCGGCGACGAAAUUACUGGCGAGGAGCGGCUUGUUCAGGUCCACAGCGAACAGCGAGGCGAAGACGCUCCUCCAGCAGACGGGCUCCGCCUCCGCAAAGUAGAACAGCAUGGCGAGGACCAAGAGCGACCUCUCCGGCAAAAGUGCAUCCUCUUGCCGUACGAUUUCGCGGCUCAGGGAACUCUGUCGAGUGUCUGUCAAUUUCAAGACAGCACCGAGGGAAAGGUCUGGACUACUUGCCUCGUUACCCACACCGUGUGCGUUCUCCUCUCGCAAUACACCAUUACUGGAAAUUUAUAUCCAGUUUGGUGCGACAGCGGAGGCGGAAUGUUUACGGAGUAUUCGAUGCUCAACAUGUCCUCGAUGUCCUCUGCGGAGAUGCUCCUUCGUGUCGUGUGGUUGGUUUUUCCGUGCAUCUAUCCUGAGUGAAAACGUACCCACACCAGAGUCAGGAUGGGGAUUUUGCAACACAAACCUAGGAGUUUUGUGAGUCACGCAUGACAAGUUUCAGUCCGUAGGGUAGUGCAAGUUAGCAAGGAAAGCCGCAUCACAAAUCGAUCUGCUGAUCCUGUUUACAGCAUUACAAGUUCCCAAACACGAUUGAAAAUGCCUGUCAUGGGGUUGCGCAUCACGAAUGUUCCUGUCAUGGCAAAGUCGCAUGACAACUCUGGCGUGGGUACGUUUUUACUCAGGAUAGCAUCGGUUUGUUACUCACGGCCGCUGUGCCCACGGCUCCUGCUGACACGGAGGGGAGUCUUCGACCUGCAUUGCUGCGCGCUUUUCAACAGAAGGGAAACAGGCGCGAGGAUCUCGAACCACAGGACGCGGUGGAGUACUACCGGGCGCGCAACAUGCUUUGGCAGAUCGGGAUACAUUCGCUGUGUGCCCCUUUGUCGAUUGCGGUGUUGCUAAUUUUCGAGACCUACCAGCUUACCCAAACCGAAGGAGUAUCGUUCGCGGCAGCGAUUUUUGGAGUGGGCGAACAGGAUGCGGUCGACGAAAAGCAACUGCAGUCCUGGGCGAUCCAUCAGGGCACGGGCAACGCUUUCUGUGGGUGGGAACAGUCCUGGCGUCCGCAGUGGGCACCUACCAUUUUCCGUUUUCGGGCGGUUUUUGUGCUAUUGUCGUGGAUCUUCUGUACUGCAUUCCUGAUCUUGUGCGCGUACCUUCACUUGAUUCCUCCAUCCGAGCGACAAGCACGUGGUCCCGUGCGAGCUGGCUCAGCGUCACGACCUGGGGGCCGCUCCAGUCUUGGUUUCCUGCCGUACGAGGGAGGGGUGAGCCUUGUGGUGCCGCAGCUCUGCUAUGCGAUGGAAGUCGCAGGCAUUGUGUGCGUUUUUCUGUUGCCGUUCUUCCCAAUUAUGUACCAACUUUCCUUUCGCUUUGCCCCAAUGCCCGGAAGCGUUCCAGACGAUUACGUGCAAGUCCUGAGCAGCAGUGGGUCCAAUAUUCGACUCGUGUACGAAACGUUCUGGGAUAUUAAUUCUACAUCUCCUAAGUAUGCGUCGCGCGGGCCAGGUUUUGCCAACAGCUUAUCAAGGUGAAAAACCACCCCUAACCAUGUGAAAAUGGAAAUUUGUGAUGCUGAUUUGUGGCCACCCCUUGGUUAUAAGGUAAUGGGAGCCCUGUGGCGCAUUCGUUCCACAGCCAGUCUGUCAUGCGCGUUCGACUGCUGCAAACCUGUUUGCCAUGCCUAAUUGCUAGCAAGCCUUCUGCAUACCCGAACAGGCUCAGAAAUAAAUACCGCUACGCAUUUUGUGCAAUACAAAGCUGAUUCGUGAUUCGUGGCCACAAAUCAGCACCACAAGUCUACUCCACUUCAACAUGAUGGGGAGGGGGGAUUUUUCCUCACAAUACGGGUACGUUGGGGAUCAGUGCAGCACCAGUUGGGGCACGCACACGUGGAGGGACCCGCUCAUAUGCGGCCACGUUCCGGGGUGGAACCAAACAGAGAACGGAACCAGCGUGUACUGGUGGGAAUGGCAUGACAAGCACUACUAGGGCGAAGAGCUCCUCCUGCUGAAAUGGUGUAGAGGACUAGCACAUACGAUUUAUCUAUUAAAUGUAAGUAGCUAUGGAUUUUCUUUUUCUAGCGAAAGCGAAAGAAAACUUGCUCUCGUCGUCUUCUUCAACUUAGCCUAUUGACUUUUCGUUCCCGCUUGCAAUUCGUAUUGAUAACAACACUAACUCCCAAGUGAAACCAAAUCCAAGUAGAGCUGUAUUAGCCUGCAGGACACAGCAUUACCUGCCACGCGGAUAAAUAAGAUAAAAAAGAUAUUACAUGCAUUUUUACACGCUGUAGAGUUGUGCUACUUAGCAGGUAUGCACUUCCUUUUUGGGCCGUCCUCAACAUUUCGUGCUAUGUUAGCUACGAGACGAGCGGCUCAAACUGCCCGUCAAGUUGCGGCCCGAGGAGAUCGGAUUUACCCUGUACAAUUAUUUGUGGUGUUUCAUUAUCAUUUUGGUCGAUGAUUUUAUACAAAAAAACAGCAACUCGUCCUUCUUGGGGGAGUUGGCUGUUUAUCCUUUUGGAGAUCAUUUGUUUGCCUCUUCUGGCAGCGGUUUGUGUGAUGUUCUUGCUUGUUGUUGAUGGUCCUCUCAUUAAUGCAGGAGUUAAUCUGGUAACCAAAGUGUCACCCGCGCGCAAAGCGCUCUUGCCGCUUGAAAAAA